AUGGAUCCAGAAAAAGACAAGGAGGCGGAGGCGCAUCAUCCCGUCGGCGGCGCCCACGGGCUCCGAGGAGGAUCCUCUUCCGAGCAAGGGACUAUGGCGGCCGCCGCUGAAAAGGAGGACGGACGUCAACGGCAGCGUGAUACUUUUGCAUCUUCGGACGAACUCGAAAAGGGAGACAAGAAAAUGGAGGAGCGAAAGAGCAGUUUCGACGACGUCGACGAGGCGACGGACGGCGAGCCCUAUCAAGAGGACAUCAUCGAGCGUAGCCAGACGACGCACACCCACGCCAGCGCCCGCUCCCGCCUCUCGCGCAUCGCGAGCCUCGCCACCUCGUCCUCCCGGCGCAAGAACCAACAACAGCUCCCGCCCACGAUCCACCCCGUCUCGGACCUCGACGCCGGCGUCGUCGGCUGGGACUCGCAGGACGACCCCGCGAUGCCCAUGAACUUCGACCCCCGGCGCAAGUGGAUCAUCAUCUGGUUCCUGGCCGGAAUCACCUUCAUGACCCCCUUCGCCUCCUCCAUCCUCGCCCCGGCCAUCGAGUACUUCAACGCCGACUUCGGCAACGACGACCUCACCCUCGGCACACUCCCCGUCUCCAUCUACCUGCUGGGCUACGCCGUCGGUCCGCUGUUCCUCGCGCCCCUUAGCGAGAUCUACGGCAGGCGGCCGGUCCUGAGCGCGGCGAACCUGUUCUUCUGCGCGUGGCUGAUCGGGUGCGCGCUGGCGCCCACGCUGAACUCGCUCAUCGUGUUCCGCUUCUUCGCGGGCGUCGGCGGGUCCGGGUGCCUCGCGAUCGGAGGGGGCGUCAUCGCCGACAUGAUCCCCGUGCAGCAGCGCGGCAAGGCGCUCACGAUCUGGAUGGUCGGUCCGCUGAUCGGUCCCACGCUGGCGCCACUCGUGGGCGCUUUCAUCGCGCAGGACAUCGGUUGGCGGUGGUCCAGCUGGAUCGCCCUAAUCGCUGCCACGCCCAUGGCCCUCGUCAUCGCCGUGUUCAACCAGGAGACGAACCCGCGCGUGCUCAUCGACCGCAAGGUGUCCCGGCUGCGGAAGGAACUCAACCGCCCCGAGCUGAGGAGCGUGUACCUGGAUCCCAGCACCACGCCUACGUCGACGUCCCAGGUCCUCAUCAAGGGGCUGAUCAGGCCCCUCAAGAUGCUCUUCCUGUCGCCCAUCAUCUUCAGCGUGAGCCUGUACAUCGCGUUCGCGUACGGCGUGCUGUACCUCCUGUUCAGCACCAUCCCGCUCGUCUUCCACAACACCUACGGCUUCUCGAUCGGCACCACGGGCCUGGUGUACAUCCCGCUGGGUCUGGGCUACAUCAUCGGCAUGGCCUGCUUCACCAUCCUCUCUGACAACACGGUGGUGCGCAUGACCAAGGCCAACAACGGCGUCUUCGAGCCCGAGAUGCGGCUGCCGGACUGCAUCUACUUCGCCUUCCUCCUGCCGGUCACCUUCUUCUGGUACGGCUGGACGGCCGAGUUCCACACCCACUGGGCGGCCCCCGUCGUCGGUCUGCUGCCCUUCGGCAUCGCGAUCCUGGGCAUCUGGCAGCCGAUACAGGCGUACAUCAUCGACGCGUACCCGGGAUUCGCGGCGAGCGGUCUGGCGGCCUUCACGGUGUUCCGCAGUAUCGUCGCGGCGUUCCUACCCAUGGCCGGCCCGUCCAUGUACGACGCCCUCGGGCUGGGAUGGGGAAACAGUCUGCUGGGCUUCAUCGCCGUCGCGCUCAUCCCCGUGCCGGCGCUGAUAUAUAGAUACGGAGGACGGCUGCGCAAGUGGCAGAAGCUGGAGCUGUAA